AAUCUCAAUCAUUCAUUGUUUUUUUUGCGGGAAACCUGAAGUGUUGUGGUCUGGCUAAAGUUCUGUUGCUGGAAUUGGAAAAAUCUUUUGCCAAAUUUAUGUUUAUCGGUGGAACAUGUUAAAUUAUCCAAGAAGAUAUGAAAAGUCAAAUUGUUUUCCCGGCGAAGUUAGAUUUCAACUUUAAACGACUCCAAACACUUUGAAACAUAUUUAUAUAAACAGUGCUGCGUUGUCUGCAAAUGAAUCUCUGCAUUCGCUGGCUCUCGUAAUUUCGAAGGUAAAGACGCAAAAUAGACACCACUGGACGAGGUGAAAAUACGUUACGGCUUCCAAUAGCAGGAGCAUUUGUUACAAGAAACGUGCCCAGUUUGAAAUAGAGAACUGUUGACUUUCAUCAGGCACGAAUCAUACAACCUCAGGUAUGUUCCACCAUAAAAAAGCAACUAAAAUAUAAAGGCUGGAAAAUUAUUUGUUUGAAUAGAAGUAAGAGGAUGGUUCCUUAAGAAGGCUCGUACCAGAUUCUCUCUUUUCGUCAUUGUCAGAUGUAAACUGCCUUCAUUUCUCAUUUUUGAAGUGGUGGCGAAUAAAAUUAAAAAUCGACCCAAGGUAAAUGAUGAUCAUAUUGUUGCUCUGUAUGAUUGAUUGCAACGUUUUUAUGUGAAUGCAAUUAUCUGUAUUGUACUUUCGGAUACACACGUACUUGAAGUACCCAUAAUUUUAGGUGCAAAGUGGUCGAAUAAGCCAGACCAUAAUAAUUAAUUGUUGAUAUAUUCUGGCAAUUUCAAAGCACUAUUGGAAAAAAUGUCAAGUGAUUCUAAAGAAAACCUGCUCCAUGUAGGGGAGACCACACAGUGCCAUGGUCAUCCUGAGGAGAUUCCUCGUACAACAAAUGGUGGUAGUGAAGAUGUCAGUGCCAUCGCUGCCUCAGAAGAGCCAGACAAGUUUGCACAUAUUGAACCCAGCCCAGAUGAUAAAAAGCAGAGUAAUUUAGCACAAGAUUUUGAACAAAAUGUUCCAUUAAAUGUCUCCUGUGAUAAAUUUUCACCCCCAGAGGAAAAUUCAAAUGUCUCUAAAAUCACAGAAACUAGUCUUCCACAUGACUGGGAUGAAACUGCAACAGAACAGUUGGUUGACAGCAUAUUAUUGGAAGCAGUGGGUGUGCCAUCUCCCGUGUCACCACUGUCAAGCAAUGACAAUGACGACGGCCUUUGAACAUGCGGUUUUUGGAAUUUGAAUCAUAUGGGUUUCUCACUGCUGGCACAACAAGAAUCUUUGUUUCAUUUUCUAUCAAAUUAAUGCACCCGAAACUAGUAUUGGAAAUUCUACAUUACUAUGGAGUGGCCUAUCAUCAAUGUGUUUCUAAUAAAGAAACAAAGAGAGAGAGAGAGAACUUUGGAGAUACAGAGAUAUUUCACCCCGUUAAGUACCUAACAGGAGGCUGCAUUAUAUCACCAUGUGUUUGAAUCAACAAUGUGUCUGAUGAAAAAGAAGAACAGAUGUUGAAAGGGUACUCAAAGUUUCAUAGUCUUCUAGAUUUACUUCCACAUGAAUA